AUGAUUCAUCCUCUCUAUUAAAUUCCUGUUGAUUAUCAAACAGCUUAUUAAUUUGAGAAUGAAGUCAUGCCUAAAAAUCAAAUGAUAGAAUAUGCUAUGAACUAGAAUCUCAACGAAUUUCCAAUUUAUCCCUAAUUUUAGUACCCUUAACAAGUAAUCAAUUAUGAUAUUGUUGUUGAUCAGAAAUCAUAAAACAAGACAAAGAAAUCAAAAAAACACAAGUAUUUGUUGUAUUAUUAUGGAAGGGAUGAUUAAAAGGAAUUGCUUCCUAAAACUAAAGCAUAACAAGAAGAACCUCAAAAGGAGGAUUUUAUGAAACCAGCAGUCUAACCAUAAUAUUCGCUUGUACAUUUUACAUAGGGUACCUUGUUGCCUAAAUUGCAAUCGGAUAUUGUAACCAAUAGUUCUCCUGUGGGUUCAAAAUAGACUUUAAAGUCCAACAAACAUCAUCAACCAAAAAAGCCAAAAAAAGAAAACAUAAAUACUGGUCAUUGGUCAGCAAUUGAACACACAACUUAUGUGAAUUUCCUAUCACAAUAUGAAAACAUUAUGAAUUCGUCAAUGAUGAAGAAAACAUCAAAAAUAUUUAAACAAAUGAGUGAACUAAUUGGUACACGUACUCCCAGUCAAUGUAGAAGUCAUCAUCAAAAAUUUAAUCCCUAUGCUCACAGAGGAGAAAAUGGAAAAAGAUUGCCAAGAAAUGAGAGAAGUCGUGCAGGACGCAAAAAGAAAAGCUAAUUUGUAGAGAUUACUAAAGAUGAAUAACUAGUUGAGCAAGAUCCUUAUUAUUUGAUGUUUGAUAAAUAAUUUUACUAUCAUCCUUAUAUGGCUAAUGGGAUUGAGUAUUAACAAUUCCUUAAUGAUGUGAAUCUCAAAAGAGAAGAUAUGCAUGAAUACAUUCAACAAGUGUAACCCCAGGAUUACGAAGAAAUAUAAUAAUUAGUUAGAUUAUUGAUUAUAAUUAUCUUUAAUUAUUUUAUGAUUGCCUUAGAGCAUUGUUAAUAGCUAUUGGAGCUAUACAUCCUUGAAUAUAGUGUUCCUGAUUAGAUCUACGUUCAUGAUGAUGAACCAUAAACUCCAGUUUUUGAUAGACACACUACUCAACAUGUCUAAUCAGUCUUAUGGAAACGAUAAUCAAUCAAAUUAAACGAGAGUACAUCCUAAUAGGAAUUGGAAGUCAAAAAAAAUUAUGGUCUUUUUGAAACUUAUGAACCCAAACCAUCCCUCAUUGUAGUUGACAGAGACAAAUCUGAUGAUAAAUAUAGAUUAGAAGCCAUGAAGAAGAAGAAGGAUAAGAAAAAUGCUAAACUCAGAGAUCAAAAUUUGCCUUAUAACGAAUACAUUCAUCCAGCAAGACAAAUCUAAGUUAAAUUGUUGUUAUCUAAAAAACCAUUAAAAGAUUAUUAAGCUUACGAUUCCGAUGGCAGUAUAAUGAGGAAGAGAGAAUAAGUUAAAUAAUUGAGUCCUAUUGUCAAUACAGUCAAAAGUAAAUUAUAAGGAAGAGUUGAUAAAAAACAAUCAGAAGCUGUUGCUGAAGAGAACAUUAUUAAUCAAUAAGCUUUAUUUAAAUUAAAGGUAUCCACCAAAGUCAAAACACAGUAUGAUGAACCAUAUAAUUUUGAAGCUUUCCCUUUGAAACCAGGAGUUAAAUUAACUUUCACUUAAGAAAAGAAGAAAAAGGAAGAAGAAAAAGUCAAUAAUGAUGAAGAUGAUCUAACUGACGCAGACACUUAUCAACUAUAAAAGUUUAUUAAAAAACCAAGUUUUACAACACUUCCUUUAUUUAAAUUACCAAAAUAAAAGCAUAAUAUAACUCACGAAAGAUCAUUCCGUACCAUUAGAUAAAGUAAGGGAUUUGAUUACUUUUGA